AUGACGCUGGCGUCGCCUCCCCUCGAGCGUACCUCGUCUCUCCUCCUCGAAGUGCGCCACUCCGGCUACGCAGAGAGACAGCCAGCCGAUCUGAUCCCUCUCGAGCCGCGAAUUAACAAAUUAUCUGUAAUUUUCGGACAUCUUAAUACUUUAAAACCUGUCUUGAUUUUAUUACUAAUCUCUUUCCUCUUUCUCUCCCUCCUUAUAUCAACGAUUCUCUUUUUCUUUCUCUUUAUCUUAACCUUACUCCUCUCAACUCUUCUCUUUUGCAUCCUCUAUCUCUCUCUCAUUCUCUCACUCCUUCUCUCAACUAUACCUUUUUCCUCUCUCUCCUUUUCUCUCAAUCCCUCUCUCAACUAUACCCUUUUUCUCUCUCUCCCUUUCUCGCAAUCCCUCUCUCAACUAUACCCUUUUCCUCUCUCUUCCUUUCUCGCAAUCCCUCUCUCAACUAUACCCUUUUCCUCUCUCUUCCUUUCUCGCAAUCCCUCUCAGAACUAUACCCUUUUCCUCUCUCUCCCUUUCUCGCAAUCCCUCUCUCAGCUAUGCCCUUUUCCUCUUUCUCCCUUUCUCGCAAUCCCUCUCACAACUAUACCCUUUUCCUCUCUCUCCCUUUCUCUCAAUCCCUCUCUCAACUAUACCCUUUUCCACUCUCUCCUUUUCUCUCAAUCCCUCUCUCAACUAUACUCUUUUCCUCUCUCUCCUUUUCUCUCAAUCUCUCUCAACUAUACCCUUUUCCUCUCUCUCCCUUUCUCUCAAUCCCUCUCUCAACUAUACCCUUUUCCUCUCUCUCCCUUUCUCGCAAUCCCUCUCACAACUAUACCCUUUUCCUCUCUCUUCCUUUCUCUCAAUCCCUCUCUCAACUAUUCUUUUUCUCUCUCUUUCUCUCUCUUUCUCUCUCUCUCUCUCUCAGAGAUUAUUCUUUCUCUCUCCCCCUCUCGCCCUCUCUCUCUACUACUCACUUUCACUUAUUUCUUCUGUCAACUAUUCCCUUUCCCACUUCCUCUCACUCAUUCUCUGAACUCUUCUCUUUUCCCUCUCUCCUUCUCUCACUCCUUCUCUCAAUUAUUCUCUUUCCCCCUCACUCUCUCUUUCUCUCACUCAAUCUCUCAGCUAUUCUUUCUUUCUUCUCUCUCUUUCUCUGUCUCAACUAUUCUCUUUUUUAUUUCUCCCUUUAUCUCUCUUAAUUGUUCUCUUUCACUCAUUCCUUCUUUCAACUAUUAUCUUUUUCCCUCUCUUUCACUCCUCCUGUCAACUAUUCUCUUUUCCCUCCUUCUCUCUCUCUCUCACACUCGUUCUCUCAACUAUUCUCUGUUUCUCAUUCCUUCACUCUCUCCCACUCCUUUUUUUUCUUCUCACGCCUUCUAUCUUUCACUUCUCUCCUCUCUAUAUCAGCCACUAACUCUUUCAUUAACUCUUUCUCUCUCUUACUCCUCCCUCUCUCUCUCAUUCCUCUUUCUCUCACUCCUCUCUCUCUCUCUCUCUCUCUCUCUCUCUCUCUCUCUCUCUCAUUCCUUCUUUUUCAUCAUCUCCUUGUCUUUAUCUCUUUUUCCUUUAGUAGCUUCAUGUUUCUCUCUGACAACUUUUUUAGUUACUUUCACUCAAUCCGUGUAUAAUUUAGUUCACUUUUUCUCUCACUCUUCUGCUGUUCCUCUUUCUCGGUGCGCGUGCGCACCAAUGUCGGUGUCUUCUUGUCAGUCUUUCAGUCUUUCAUUGAGCCCUUUUACCACAACUCUCUCUCUCUCACUCUCUCUCUCACUCUCUCACUCUCUCUCUCACUCUCACUCUCUCUCUCUCUCUCUUUUCUCUCCUCACAUUUUUAUCAUAUCUUCACUCUUCUUUUCCCUCCCACAUUUUAUCAACUCCCGCUCCAUUUUAUAUAGUGGCCCUUGUUCUUCAUUUGUUUCAUCUCUUUUUUUUUCUUCAUUUCUUUCCCUGUUUCUUUUUUUUAUUUUACAGAAAUCUUCUCUCCCUUUCUCUCUGCUUUACCCCCAAUUUCCAUCAUUUUUGUUCUUUUCAUUGCAAAAGCCAAUCUUAAAUUCGUCUUUUUCUACUGACACUUUUUCCCUUGCUUCUUGCUUUCUACCUCUCUCAUCUCCUUAUUUUCAUAUUUAUUCCUUCAUUCUUAAAUCUAUAUCUCUAUUAUCAUUAUUAUUAUUGUUGUUGUUGUUGUUUCUCCUAUCUACUCCUUAUCAAUUCUUUUAUUUUAUUCUUCCAUAUUUUUAUUGCUUUAUCUCACGUUCUUUUUUUCUCCAUUCUUUCCUAUCGUUUUGUUCUCCCCACCCCCUGUCCCAAUGCACCGACACCAAACGCACUGCCUCCCGUCCUUUGCUCUUUACUCAAUGUUUCUUCCCCCCUCACAGCCACAAUCACCACGUUUCAUCUUUACAUGCUUUACCGACAUUAUUUCUUUCCACGUGGUCGCCAUGUCUACACAAAACACACGUUUUCUUCUAUUUUCUCAUCAGCUUCCGUAUACGGAGGCGUGGGAAAGGCGUACAAAUAUUUAUACUCAUGCGCACUGUCUUCAGCGACGUACAUGCGCGCAUGCGUGCAACGGGGCGAGUGUAUGGCGCCUUACAGAAUUCACAGCAGAAAGCUAGUAACUUAUGA